UUCGUUCUUUAACAUGAAACAUUUGGUGUUUACGUGGAAUAAACUUAUACAGAGUAGUAUACUUUAAAUGCACAUUUAAUACCAAAAACAAAGAAACACACAACAAAAUGAUUGAGAUUACAGAUCUUCAAAAAAUUGGCAUCGGCUUAGCUGGCUUUGGCAUAUCUUUCUUAUUUCUUGGCAUGCUGCUGCUCUUCGACAAAGGCUUACUUGCAAUAGGAAAUAUAUUAUUCAUAUGUGGAUUGGGCUGUGUAAUUGGCGUUGAGCGAACUUUGCGCUUCUUCUUUCAACGUCAUAAAAUCAAAGGCACAACCGCCUUCUUUGGCGGCAUUGUGAUCGUGCUGUUGGGAUUCCCCAUAAUUGGCAUGAUCAUUGAAUCCUAUGGAUUUUUUGCUUUAUUCAGCGGCUUUUUCCCUGUUGCCAUCAAUUUCCUCGGCCGUAUUCCGGUUUUAGGAUCACUUUUCAAUUUACCCAUAAUGCAAAAGAUUGUUCAAAAACUUGGCGGCGACGGCAAUCGAACAACGGUAUAAUUGUUAUAGACAUUUAAAUUAUACGGGAAUAUUUUUGUAUAAAUUAAUAAAAUUUUUUGUUGUGU